AUGCUACCGAAACCGUUUCUCUUCCCGGCUCUCCUAAUCCAUAGCAGCUAUUCCCUCCUCAAAGCCGCAGCUAUCAGCUUCCCCUCCCAACCCGGCGUCUCCGCCCUUUCAUCACCAGAAUCAAGCAACGAGACUUCAAAAAUUCCUAAUCAAUUACCCUACACCGGCACCAACCCCUACUGCAGCGCCUCAAUAAUCUGGACCGGCCUCAACACCCUCGACUCCCACUUCCAGCGAGACUGUCGCGCCGCAACGGACAAGUUCGAAGACUUCGUCGCUUCUUGCCCGAACCCGAACACUCGAUAUGAAUUUCUAGAUCCUCGCACGCAGCCGAUGCAACGCUUGCCAAAGAUGGAGACGCCGCGGAGAUAUGUUACUCGUGGGUUAUGA